AGCAUCAUGGCGGCGUCCAGUCGUAGCGUGCAGUCCGCUUUACGGAAAGCAAUAACCCCGUCGUUGGUGGUGAUUUUGGGAGCUACCGGCACCGGAAAGUCCAAACUGGCGAUCGAGAUCGGAAAACGGCUUCAGGGAGAAAUAAUCAGCGCCGACUCCAUGCAGGUGUACCAGGGUCUCGACAUCAUCACCAAUAAGGUGACACCCGAGGAGCUCGUCCAGUGCAGACAUCACAUGAUCAGCUUUGUGGACCCUCUGGUUAGCAGCUACACGGUGGUGGACUUCAGGAACAAAGCCCUGGCUCUAAUAGACGACAUGCACAGCAGAAACAAACUGCCAAUCAUUGUUGGAGGAACAAAUUACUACAUUGAGUCUCUGCUGUGGAAAGUUCUCGUGGAUACAGGGCAGGAGAACGAAGAGUCGGGGGAUGGAGGCGAUGGGGCUCCAAACAGGAAACUGGAGCUGGAAAAACUGGGAGGAGCAGAGUUACACAAACGACUGGCAGAGGUGGACCCCAAAAUGGCUGCCAUGUUGCACCCCAAUGACAAACGCAAGAUUGCCAGGAGUCUGCAAAUCCAUGAGGAGACAGGCAUCCCUCAUAGUCACUGGCUGGAGGAGCAGAGGAGGCAAGACGGAGGCGAUGGGCUGGGUGGGCCGCUGAGGUACCCGGACCCCUGCAUUUUCUGGCUGCGCGCUGACAUGGAGGUUCUAGACAAGCGGUUGGACGCUCGCGUAGAUGAGAUGUUGUCUGCAGGACUGAUAGAGGAGCUCAGAGACUUCCAUGUCCGCUACAAUCAGCAGAAAGUCCAGGAGGACAGUCAGACCUAUCAACAUGGGAUUUUCCAGUCGAUUGGGUUUAAGGAGUUUCAUGACUACCUGACCGGUCCUGAAAGCAGCACCCAGCAGGAGAAAGAGACACUACGCAACAAAGGUAUAGAAGCUGUGAAGAUGGCUACAAAGCGUUACGCCCGCAAACAGAAUAAAUGGGUCCGUAACCGCUUCCUUAAACGACCUGGAGACAAUGUGCCAGCGGUGUACGGCCUGGAUGUGACGGACAAGUCGAAGUGGGAGGAGAUGGUGCUGAACCCUGCACUGCAGAUACUGGACAGUCUCAGUAAGGGCGAGGAGUCGGUAAUUCCACCAGUUAGAGUGCUGGGGGCGGGGCAGAAAAACAAGCGGAACCUCCACACGUGUGAUCUGUGUGACAAAGUGAUCAUUGGAGACCUUGAGUGGACAGCUCAUCUGAAGUCCAAGAAGCACCACUAUCAUGUGAGGAAGAAGAGGAAGUCUGAUCCGGCCCCUGACCAGUCCCAGUGUACCGCUGCAGCUCCUGCCUCUGCAGGUGAGACUCUCUCAAAGGACACUUGUGCUCCUGUUGCCCCGGGCUGCAGUGAAACCUCUCAGGAGUCUUCCCAAGACACCAGGACAACACACAAAGAACAUGUGACAUUUGAGUAAUCGCACUGACUCUGGACUACAUACAUGUUUCUCCAGGUUUCUGCCUCUGUUCUGCAAUAACGACUGGAAGUUUCCUUACAGUUCUUAUAGAAUCACAAAUGUGUGUGUGUUUUUUUUUCUCCAUCUCCCUUCAGGGAGAGUUGGGAGUACUUGGGACACAGUCUUGCUUCCCACUGAUUUUCACUAAUUCAUCCAAAACAUAAUUUGUCAAAGCAUUUCAAUUUCUAAAGGAUGAAAUCUCUUCCAGCCCUAAAACUUUAUAACGUUGAUCCUUACUGAAAGUGGAUAACAAAGAGCAUAUCUUUUUGUCCACAUUUGGACGUGUUCGUGGACUAGGACUAUGGAUCCAUGAAGCAGACCAUGUUUGUUGUUGAGAUGUUGAUGGUCAGGAAAGUUAGGUCAGGUUAGUUGUAAGUACAGAUGAAGAAGUCACCUCCUUAAAACCUUGGUCAAAUUGUUAGAAGAAAUCUUUAUUUUUUUUCUUUUUGCUAAAUGUGCCUUAACUGAAGCUGUGACCUUUCUUAUGGCUGGUACUGAAUGAAAAGUCUUCUAUUUCUAAAAUAUUUUAGGCUUUAAAUUUCUUUGCCUUGUUUGAAGGCUAACCACCGUGCACUUUUAAAUUGUCCAGCUGGUUUUGAAAACACUGAAUAAACCAAAACAUCUUAAAUGUUCUCAACCAAUGAAGGAUUGUUUUGUAUCACUAAAGUGCAAAAACUAAAUCCACGAAAUUGGAUUUGAGAGCUUUUUCACAUGACUUCUGCACUAGUUUUACCUUUAUCUCAGUGAGAUCUCAUCUGGAUGCUUUCACAGCACAACUAUUGUGCUCUGUUUCCCUGCUGCCGCCUUGUUUUACUGUCAUUAAAUGCAUUUUUCUACCUCUUUGUUUGAUAAUGACUAGACGCAUGAUUUGUGCCGUUGUCUUUCAGUGGAGCUUAGCUGAGCUCAUUUCUGCUCCGACAGUAGUAUAAACCACCAGCUUAGGCUGUAAGGAGAGAGUGUGUUUUCCCAGCAGUGAUUGCAGGUCUUUGUUUAUGCAACGGUGUGUCGUACCCCUUUCAGACCAAGGUGUGCCUGCCUACUGUUAAACCACUUACACAAUACCUGGCGUCUCUCCAAAAGCCUCUUUUGGCGCUCCCUUUCCCUCUCCUCACCUGCCACUUUUCCUUCUCACCUCCCCUCCCCUCCUUUCCAAAGAAUCAGAACAUAACUGCUCCUGACUAACUCUCCAUAUCUUUCUUAAAGUCUCCGGCCUGAGUCUUAGACGUAUUCUUUCAGUACAAGUUUAGUUCACAGGCUCCCGGUGUUUGACCUCAUCCACAUGACUAAAAAUAUUUCCAGUCACAUAAUAACUGGAAAUGUGUAUGUGUGUGCGUGUGUGCGUGUGCAUGUGCGUGUGUGUGUGUGUGACUGUCCCACAUUCCCUCAUUCCAAAC